CUCAUAUCUCAUUCUCCUUCAUCUUUCUCUCUUCAGAAACCCAUCUCUCCACACUCUAUUUCAUGGCUGCGGCAGCCGGCAAGCUGGGCUCUGGAAUCCUUCCAGUGCCAUCGCAGUUAAUUACUCGACGGAAACCACCAUCACAGUUAACAAGCCGAUUAAACAAUACCGGCAAGGGAAACCCAUCAACAAUUUCCUCAUUCUCGGUCUCUUGCCGGAGUAGAAUCGCUUGCAAGGCCAGUGAAGUAUCGGUUGCUGAGGAAUCGGCAUCUGACGGGAGGAAUUGGAUUCCCGUGGUGCCUUUGUCAGCGUUGCCGAAAGGUGAGAGGCGAGUGAUUAUUCAGGAUGGAGAUACUAUACUGUUGUUAUGGUAUAAGGAUGAGGUGUUUGCAAUUGAGAAUAGAUCCCCUGCUGAGGGAGCUUAUACAGAAGGAUUGCUUAACGCUAAACUUACUCAGGAUGGAUGCAUUGUCUGCCCAUCGACAGAUAGCACAUUUGAGCUGAGAAGUGGAGAAAUAAAAGAUUGGUAUCCAAAGAAUCCGGUGUUGAGAGUCCUGACUCCUGUCCUAAGAAAACUAUUUGUUUAUCCAGUAAAAAUCGAUGAGCAAAACAUUUACAUAGGGGUUGGAGGUUCAAGGGCAGCUCAAGUGUCGUCAGCUGAGAUUGUUUUCAGUGGGAAGGCUCAACCAGGUUUCACAGCUACUGAUGUUAAUGUUGAGGAGGUGAGAAUGGUGAUUGAUGAGGCUACAGAUCAAGGGUUUGGUUUCAAUGAGAGGAAUGAGAUAAUAAAUGGGAAAGCAGCUGUUAUUGGAUUUCUUCUUCUUCUUGAUUUCGAGCUUUUGACUGGAAAAGGUUUGCUUAAAGGAACUGGCUUUUUAGACUUCAUUUAUUCAGCCUCAAAUGUUUUCAACUGACCCCAUUUCACCAUUUCCUUUCUUAUGAAGAUCUUCACAUUCAAUUAUAUAUAUAUAUAUAUAUCCUAUCCUUCCUUUUUAGUCUUGAUUCAAUGUCCUAAUGUCUGUCUAUGUUUCUAUUUUCUUUCUUUUUUAAAAGGUUAAAACUUGUAUUAUUAUAAAACAAAAGAGCACAUGUAUGUCCAUUGUCAAUUCCUUCAUAAAAGCUUAAAUACAAUUGUCUACUUCAAUUCAA